UGGCCGUGACACGCAGCGCUCCGCUGCGCCCAGGGAGCUCCGAGCGGCGCAGCUGAGGGAGAUCGCCUUUUCGGCUCAACGAUGACACAGCGGCUCACAUCUGGGCCCUCUGCUCGGAUGUGGUCCGCUGAGUCGGGCAUGUUCGCGGCUGUAAGCGGUUCCUCCCAGCUCUUGUGAGGGAAAGCCUUCCCCGGGCUGUCGAUCGCGCUCUCCGGCGCUGCCCUUCAGCUUCCAUCGGGAGGGGAGAAUUUCUGGCACUUUGCUUUUUCUUUUCUUUUCUUUUCUUUUUUUUAAGUGCUGACGUUUCACACUAAGAGCAGAAACAGGUUGAGUGCAGAACCUUUGGGCCGUUCCCAGAGCGCCACGCCGAACCGGAUCGGAGCACCGGUUGAACAGAGCCGUUAUUCAGACGCGGGGAGCAGCUGAUUUCCUCUGCGUGGUUUUUUUUUCCCCUUUGGGAGAACAUCUGGCCCAGCCGCCCGGGUCUCCCUCUCCGGCGCCAUGGUGGUCUUCAACGGGCAGCUGAAGAUCAGGAUCCGCGAGGCGCUGGACCUGAAGCCCACGGCUUGGUCCCUGCGUCACGCCGUGGGUCCGAAGACCCAGACCUUCCUGCUGGACACGUACAUCGCGCUGAACGUGGACGACUCGCGCGUGGGUCAGACCUCCACCAAGCAGAGGACCAACAGCCCCACGUGGAACGACGAGUUCACCACGGAGGUCAUCGGCGGCCGGAGGAUAGAGCUGUCCGUCUUCCACGACGCCCCGAUCGGCUACGACGACUUCGUGGCCAACUGCAUCAUCCAGUUCGAGGACAUCCUGCACAGCGGCAAGAAGCACUACGAGGACUGGAUUGAUCUGGAGCCAGAGGGGAAAGUCUAUGUUAUUAUUGACCUAUCAGGAUCUUCCAGUGAAGAGGCAGGCUCCCCCGACAAUGAGGAGCGGGUUUUCCGACAGCGGAUGGGACCCAGGAAGCGGCAGGGGGCCGUGCGGCGAAGGGUGCACCAGGUCAACGGGCACAAGUUCAUGGCCACCUACCUGAGACAGCCCACCUACUGCUCUCACUGCAGGGACUUCAUCUGGGGCGUCUUAGGGAAGCAGGGCUACCAGUGUCAAGUUUGCACCUGCGUGGUCCACAAACGCUGCCACGAGCUCAUCAUCACCAAGUGUGCCGGAAUGAAGAAGCAGGACGACACAGUCGGAGAGCAGGUCGGGUCCCAGAGGUUCAGCGUCAACGUCCCGCACAAGUUCAGCAUCCACAACUUCAAGGUCCUGACCUUCUGCGACCACUGCGGCUCUCUGCUGUGGGGUCUGCUGCGACAGGGGCUCCAGUGCAAAGUGUGUAAAGUGAACGUGCACAGGCGAUGUGAGAGCAACGUCGCUCCGACGUGCGGCGUGGACGCCAGGAGAAUCGCCACCGUGCUGUCGGACCUCGGACUGACGCCGGAUAAGAUCUCCAACAGCGCCCAGAGGCGGAAAAAGCUCCCUCAGGCUCAGGAUCCUCCGCAGCCGCUAUCGGAGAUACCGCAGACAGAGGAGGACCGCUCCAGGUCCGCUCCCACCUCCCCGUGUGACCAAGAUGUGAAGGAGCUGGAGAACAUCCGCAAAGCGCUGUCCUUUGACCACCGCGGAGAGGAGCACAAAACGCACCCUCUCUCGUCCCCCUCGUCGGUUGCCACCGUGGGAGGCGGAGGAGACGGAGGGGGUGGUGAGGGAAACGGAGUGGAGGAGCAGGGAAGCCAGGAGAACGGGGAGGUCAAAGGUCACUGCGCUCCAGAGACAAAAAGGAUGCACCUGCACGACUUCGUGUUCAUAAAGGUUCUGGGGAAAGGAAGCUUCGGAAAGGUGAUGCUGGCCGAGCUGAAAGGCACCGAUGAGGUCUACGCCGUCAAAGUGCUGAAGAAAGACGUGAUCCUGCAGGACGACGACGUGGACUGCACCAUGACGGAGAAAAGGAUCCUGGCACUGGCCCGCAAACACCCUUACCUGACCCAGCUCUUCUGCUGCUUCCAGACCAAAGACCGCUUGUUCUUCGUGAUGGAGUACGUCAACGGAGGUGACCUGAUGUUCCAAAUUCAGCGAUCGAGAAAGUUCGACGAGGCACGCUCCCGUUUCUACGCCGCCGAGGUCACGUCUGCUCUGAUGUUCCUGCACCGGCACGGAGUCGUUUACAGGGACCUGAAGCUGGACAACAUUCUGCUGGAUGCGGAGGGUCACUGCAAGCUGGCAGACUUUGGGAUGUGCAAGGAGGGCAUCCUGAACGGAGUCACCACCACCACCUUCUGUGGGACGCCAGACUACAUUGCUCCAGAGAUCCUUCAGGAAAUGGACUACGGUCCAUCAGUGGACUGGUGGGCUCUGGGAGUGCUGAUGUACGAGAUGAUGGCCGGACAGCCACCGUUUGAAGCUGAUAACGAAGACGACCUGUUCGAGUCCAUCCUCCACGAUGAUGUCCUCUACCCUGUGUGGCUCAGCAGGGAAGCCGUGUCCAUUCUGAGAGCGUUCAUGACGAAGAGCCCCAACAAGCGCCUGGGCUGCGUGGUGGCCCAGGGGUCUGAGGAGGCCAUUAAGCUCCACCCUUUCUUCAGAGAGAUCGACUGGACGCUGCUGGACCAGAGGAAGGUCAAGCCGCCGUUCAAACCUCGCAUUAAAACCAAAAGGGACGUCAAUAACUUUGACCAGGACUUUACACGUGAAGAACCUGUUCUGACGCCCGUGGAUGAUAGCAUCAUCAAGCAGAUCAACCAGGAUGAGUUCAAAGGAUUCUCCUACUUCGGAGACGACGCCGCGGCUUAGAUCCGAUCCCUGAGGCGCAAACAUAUAGAAAUGAAAUCCAACACACAGAAGAAAAAAAAAAAAAAAAGCAUUUAAAGAAACACAGUCUCCUCCAGGAAUUAUACUAGACCACUUGUGCGUCUGGCUAUGGAUCCUGUGCUCCUGUUUGUCCGUUUGUACGUCUGAGCUGUUACUCUAGGUGAGUUGCAGGUCCGCCGGUGCAGAUGUGGCCACGUUGCAGGCCCAGAGGUUGAAAAGAGGAACCUAAUGUGUGUACCAGCGUGCAUCCAGCUUGAUGGAGACGCUCAUUCCUUCACACAGUGGGCUGUAUCCUGUAUCUGUGUGUAAAGAAUGCUUGUUUUUUUUGUUUUUUUUCCCCUGAACGUUUCUGUGAAUGGCAAAGAACGUGAACGAAUGAUUGUAUUCAAAGCUAAAAAACUGUCUUAAGAAGUGCUUCAUUCCCUGUGAAAGAUGACGAGGAGAAGCAGAGAUGGAGAUAUAUAAGUUCGUUUAUUAUUUUCAGUCAAAGGAAAAAGGACAAAUCUUUGGUUGAGGAACCACAGCAACAAUGUUUGCAAGUUUCAGCUCUUCGUUAAGCCCUGCAUGGUACUAUUAGCUGCUGGCUAACUGACCCAAAGUAGCAUAACACUGGGAGCAUCCGUUGCUUUAAUAAAGUAUUAAGUCGAAUAAUCUGAAAUGCUGAGUUGUUAAAGAAGGUGACACAUUUUGGGUUUGUUAAGGAGCCGAUCUGAGCCGCUGGCUGUGCUACAGAGCGAAAGCGAAGGCGGGGUCGACUCAAACCGGAGAGCUAACUCACUUUUGGUUUACAGCUGCAGAGAUGCUUUGAGUCCUGAGCUGUUUGUCAGCUGAGGGGAGGCAUUAUCUUUGACAAAAAGAUAACCCAACGCUCGUCCUGAUGCGUCACAGCCACUUUGUUUCCUUUUGUUUUCCGUUAAAAAAAAUCGUUGAACAAUCAAAGUUCUCGGACUCCUGCAACCUCAGACUGUCUUCACUGACAAGAUCACCAGAAUCCAGUUGCAUGCGAUGCGUUGCAGAGGUUAUCACGCCGCUUGGACCUUUUCCCACUCUGUCAUGCUGCAACCAUAAAUUUGAAACCUUUUGAGAAAUACAUAUUUCAGCCCCAAUGAGUCCGCACUUUGUAGAACAGUGACAGCUGCAAGUCUUUUAGGGGAUGAAGAGACUCAAACAUUUCUCUUUUUACUGACCACUCAGGCUCACUUACUUUUGAUGGGGAGGAUGUGUACACAUCAAAAUUAGCCACAGAUUCUCAAUUAGAUCUGGGUCUGGACUUUAGGCCCAUGUCAACACAUGAAUACCGUUGGAUCCAAAUCAUGCCAUUGCAGCUCUGGCUGUAUGUUUAGGGUUGUUGUCCUGCUGGAACCUAAACAUCCCUCAGUUUUAAGGUUCUUGCAGCUUCCAGUGCUGCCCUGUAUUCAGAUACAGCCGCCCACUCUGACCAGCUUCCCUCCUCCCUCCUGUGCUUAGCCAGGCCGUGGCGCGUAACGGGCGAAGUGCGGGGUUACUUUUCCAUCGCACAUGGCUUUUUGCAUGUAGGCCUAAAAGAUCCAUUUUGAUCUAAUCUGACCAUCUGAGCACCUUCUGAGAUCCGGUUACACACGGGUGGACUCUGCCUGCUAAUCAGGCGGCCUCUGAAGCUUUGCUGGGUUUUGUGUAGGGGUUCCAGAGUACAAAGGGCUGGAGACAAAUAGAUGCCGCACUUCCCAGAGUUUUACGCACUAAUCGUUGUUAGGCUAUUACAGUAAAAAAAAAAAAAA